UCUAGUUGUUGGCGGUCUCUGACCUGUUCACGGAGCGUAACCAGUUUGACAUGAUGUUCACCACCCUGAUGGAGCUGCAGAAGAGUCAUCCUGCUGAAGAUGAGAUAAUGAACCAGUACCUGGUACCAGCUCUCUGUAAGGCUGCUGCUGUCCUGGGCAUGGACAAGGCGACCUCUGAACCUGUGUGUCGGGUGUUGGAGCUGACCCUGCACAGCACCCACCUCCCCAGCCGUAUGGGAGCGCUGCACGGCCUGCUGUAUGUACUGGAGUGUGACCUGCUGGACGACACAGUGAAGCAGCUGAUUCCUGCCGUCUCAGACUACAUACUGAGUAACCUACGGGCCGUAGCACACUGUGUGAAUCUGCACAACCAGCAGCAUGUCUUGGUGAUGUGUGCUGUGGCCUUUUACAUGAUGGAGAACUACCCUCUGGAUGUAGGAGCCGAGUUUACUGCUGGGGUUAUACAGAUGUGUGGUGUGAUGGUAUCAGCCAGUGAAGACUCCACCCCCUCAGUGAUCUACCACUGUGUGUUGCGUGGGUUGGAGCGCCUCCUGCUGUCGGAGCAGCUGUCUCGUAUGGACGGAGAGGCACUGGUUAAACUGAGUGUCGACCGGGUUAACAUGCCAAGCCCUCACAGAGCCAUGUCUGCACUGGGACUCAUGCUCACCUGCAUGUACACAGCGGUGCGUACCUCAGCGUCGGGGUCAGAGGUUAGAGGUCAGGGGUCAGAGGUGACCUCGGGUCCUGUUGCUUUCUCCUCAGGCAAGGAGAAGGCCAGCCCUGGUCGCCCGGCCGGCGCUGUCGACCCUCAGGCCCCCGACAGCGAGUCUGUCAUCGUUGCCAUGGAGAGGGUAUCUGUGCUCUUCGACAGGGUCCGUAAGGGUUUACCCAGCGAGGCACGGGUGGUGGCCAGGAUUCUUCCGCAGUUCCUGGACGACUUCUUCCCUCCGCAGGACGUCAUGAACAAGGUCAUCGGAGAGUUCCUGUCCAAUCAGCAGCCUUACCCACAAUUCAUGGCUACUGUCGUCUACAAGGUGUUCCAGACCCUCCAUGCUACAGGCCAGUCCAGUAUGGUGACAGACUGGGUGUUACUGUCUCUGUCUAACUUCACCCAGAGAACCCCAGUUGCCAUGGCCAUGUGGAGUCUGUCUUGCUUCUUCAUCUCUGCCUCCACCUCCCAGUGGGUCUCUGCCCUCCUGCCCCAUGUCAUCAGCCGUAUGGGUAAGAGUGAGGUGGUGGACAUCAGCCUGUUCUGUCUGGUGGCCCUGGACUUCUACAGACACCAGCUGGAUGAAGAGUUGGACCGCAGAGCCUUUCAGUCUGUCUUCCAGACCGUGGCCUCGCCUGGCAACACCUAUCAGCAGCUACUGGACUGUCUGCAGAGUAUCCACCAAGACACAUCACUCUGAGAGA